AUGGAUUCCAAAGGGUGGACCCUUUGCAUUCCUCCUGAAGUGAUUGACAGUUGGCGCCUUAAAGGCAUAGGUCGGUCGACACAUUUAAUGCGCAAGCACUUCGUGCAGGCGAUUACUGCCUUGAUUCGCACGAGCCGUCGCUUCGUCUCGUCAAUUGAAACGACGGCCUUCGGGCUUCUGACACGUCACCGCGUAUUCGAGCACGCUGUCAGACUGUUACGUCUCUCGAGAGGACCAUGCCCUUUCGUUUCGAAUUCUAGCGCCAAUAUAAAAGCCUAUCCUUCUUCAUUCCUUCCUUACACUUUCAGAAUUUUCGGACGCCCAAACUCUGCCAAACUCUUCUCUCAAUUCUUCAAACCCUUUCGAACUUCACAUUUCAGCACUCCACCUCCUUCUGCCCAGUUAUCUCUUUGUUAG